GCGGCUGCGCCCGCGUCUAAUCGAUCGAUGAAUACAUCCAGUGCGUUGACAGCCGUCGUGUUUCACUCACGCUCCUUGUUCCCAUACAUAUCAGUGGCGACUAAUACCCGCGUUGCGUAAAUAAAAAAUGUCUUUUGCAAGUUUUGGAAAUUUAUCGGUUUUUGAUCAUAAUUUAAACACUUGGAAAACUUACAAAAACAGAUUAACGCAGUGGUUUAUUGCCAACGACGUUAAUAACGGGAAUGAUCCAAUUGGAGUGAAAAGGCGCGCAAUCCUACUCAGCGCACUCAGCGAAGGCACCUAUAAGCUUGCGUCGGACCUCGCCCUACCCAAGGAACUCCAAGAGGUGCCUUAUGAAGACAUCGUCUCGCUCCUGGAUUCUCACUUCACCCCUAAGCAGAUUGGGUUCAGUGAACGCCAUAAAUUUUACGCUGCUACCCAACAAGAAAUGGAGUCACCCGCACAGUGGGUCGCCAGACUUCGAGGAUUGACUGCUCAAUGUAAUUUUAGUAAUUUAGAGGAAACAUUGAGGGAUCGUUUUAUUAUGGGGAUGCUUCCGGGAGCUGAAAAAGAAAAAAUGUACGUCCAAGAUCUCGCGGGGUUUACGCUGGCUAAAGCCGUAAACCUGGCCGAAAGUCUGCGAGGCGCGCGCGCCGCUGCCAUCAGCGCCGCAGGGGCGCCGCCGGCGCCGCCCGCCGCGCUCGACCACGAGCAGCUGUUCAAGAUUGCGCAACCCUCUGGCACCGAAGAUCGACGUGGUGGAAAAGUGAAGUGUUCUGUGUGCGGUUACACUAAUCAUAAAGCAGAGUCGUGUCGGUUUGCUAAUUAUACAUGUCGGAAGUGUAAUAUAAAGGGUCACUUACGCCGUAUGUGUAAAAAAGUGAAUUACGUUUCCACGGUGGCAUGUGAGGUAAACGAGGACGACGACGAUGACGGUAAGUUGUUUAAUAUACGUACGAUCAAGGGGGAACCUUUAGUUGAAACUGUGCUCAUCAACGGCCAAAAAUUACGUUUUGAAAUUGAUAGUGGGUCGGCGGUUACCGUCAUGUCCGAGGGAACUUACAAAUCGCAUUUCAAAGAUAUGGCCCUUAAACGCAACUACAAAAAAAUUAAUAAGUUACACUGGUGAAGUGCUGCGUUGUAUUGGAUGUUUGUCGUUAUCAGUACAGUGGGAAGGACACACGCGCGUACUUAAUGUAUUUAUAGUUCGCGGCGACGGCCCUUCUUUACUCGGU